UCCUGUGACACACCAGACGAUGCGUUGACUGAGCGGAGGAGAAGAAGAAAACCUCUCCCAGCCAGCCGUCCUGCCUGCUGCAUGGAGGAGAAGCAGAGGAGGAAGAGGAGCAGAGAGAAGCUGUGUCCCUGUGCUGAGCCGACCUCCAUCCUGAUGAUCUCCAGUCUCCUCCUUUCCAUCCUGCUCUGACUCAACUCCUCUGACCUGAACACCCCCCUCCUCCGCUCCUCCCCUCUGCCCCCCCCAGCACUGACCUCUGACCUCCCUGUUUCCUCCACAUCAUCAUGGAUCUGAAACGUUUUGGAGGAGCUCUCUGCAGGAUCCCUGACACUUAAACCGUCUGACCUCUGGCUGGUCAGGACCGUCUCCUCCCAGCGAGUCCAGCCCCUCCAUCACUUCCUGUCCCGUCCUCCUCGAUACUGACGGCGUCCACCAUGUCGGAGGGGCUGCUGCAGGUGGAGAUCCCGGACUUCGGCAGCAGCGUGCUGGGCAGCCUGAACGAGCAGCGGCUGCUGGGUCACUACUGCGACGUCUCCAUCCUUGUGCAGGGUCAGGCCUUCAAGGCUCACCGCGCCGUCCUCGCCGCCUCCUCGCUCUACUUUAGAGACCUGUUCAGCUCCGCAGCUGACUCCUCCUCUUCCUCGUCCUCCUCUUCCUCCCAGGCGGUGUUCGAGCUGCCGUCCUCGGUGACGCCAACGUGUUUUCAGCAGAUUCUGUCCUUCUGCUACACGGGACGCCUCAGCAUGGCCGCCAGCGAGCAGCUGGUGCUCAUGUACACUGCCGGGUACCUGCAGAUCCAGAACAUUGUGGAGCGAGGCAUGGAGCUGAUGAUGAUGAAGGCCUCCUCCUCCUCCUCGCCUCUUUGCUGCGACUCACAGACAACCUCAGCAGACGAGCUUGGGGGCUUCGACGCCCCAAUGGUCCAGCAGCAACACAGUGCCCCCCCGCUGCAGGAGACCAGUCCAGACCAGCCGUCCCUGAGCCCCGAGGAGCUGCUGCUGGCCGUCAGCAGGAUCAAACAGGAGAGAGCCGACACUCCUCCUGCUGAGGAGAACGGAGCAGCAGGAGGAGGAGGAGGAGGAGGAGGAGAGGAGGCCAGAGUGGACCUCGCCGGGGACCUGCAGUCUUCCAGGAGCAGCGCUCUGUGCUACCUGGGUGCAGGUGGAGGUUUGGUUCCAGGGCUGCAGUCCUACCUGCUGGCAGGCGGGGGGCGCUCCAGUCCGGGAGGCUCCAGUCUUCCCACAGACUCCCCUCCCUCUCACCCGCCCACCGAGGAAGAGCUGGAGGAGGAUUACUACGGGAACACGGUCCACCCCGGACUCUACCAACACAUCUACGGACAUCCCGGAAACCCCUACAUCCAAGAGAAGAUGGAGAUGCUCUCCCUCCCAUUGGCCAACGAGCGUCGGCCCUGCGUGCUGGUUGGUCGGGACAACAUGGCGCUGCCCGCCAGUCUGAUCAGUCAGAUCGGGUAUCGCUGCCACCCGUCACUCUACACCGAGGGAGACCCCGGAGAGAAGGUGGAGCUGGUGGCAGGUUCAGGUGUGUUUAUGACUCGAGGUCAGCUGAUGAACUGUCACCUGUGUGCGGGAGUCAAACACAAGGUGCUGCUCAGGAGACUUCUGGCUACGUUCUUCGACAGAAACACUCUGGCCAAUAGCUGCGGGACAGGAAUACGCUCCUCCACCAAUGAUCCGAGCCGAAAGCCUCUGGACAACCGAGUGUUAAACACCGUCAAACUCUACUGUCAGAACUUUGCUCCUAACUUUAAGGAGAGUGAGAUGAACGUCAUUGCGGCCGAUAUGUGCACCAACGCCCGCAGAGUCCGUAAACGUUGGCUCCCCAAGAUCCAGUCUCUGCUCCCCGACAGCCUCCCUGCCUCCUCCCACCCCCGCAAGAGUAAGAGAGGAGGAGGAGGUGGAGGAGGAGCAUCAGGAUCAGGAUCAGGAGGUCAGGGAGGAGAAGCAGCGGUGCAGCCCAGCAGCAGCCCCUUCGAGCUGGACCUGCGGCAGCUCAGCGCCUCCUACCUCGGCCUGGAGGCGCCGCUGUAUGCCGAGCGCCGCGAGAGGGAGGCGGUCGGGGAGCGAGAGCGGGAGAAGGAGGCCCCGGCUGCCCUCCUGCCUCACCUGCAGUUCGCCGGGUCUCGUGGGGGAGGAGGAGGAGGAGGCACGGGGCAGGCGGAGGAGGCGCUGAUGGGAGGCGAAGCAGGCGGGGGAGGGAGUCUACAGACUGAACAACCCCCAGACCUCCCCCUCUCGCUGUCCUCUGCCUCCUCUUCCUCCACCUCCUCCUCCUCACACCCCUCCCCCCAGCCUGCAGAGCCCGCCCCUCCUCACAGGGGAUUGGCCGACACAGAUGAGAGGGGGGCGGAGCCUCUGGAAGACAGCCAAUAAGCUUUCUAUUGCAUCUGCCUACCUGUAUGUAAAUAACACAAUAGCUACCUGUCCCCCCCAUCUGUCUGUCUGUCUCUACCUGUCUGUCUGACCUACCUGUCUCUUCCCCUACCUCACUACUACCUGUCCACCUGUCUACCUCUCUGCCCCCAGUCUGUCUACCUUUCUGUCUGACCUACCUCUGUCUGUCUGUCAGUCUACUCCUUUACCUGUCUGUCCUCCUGCCUGUCUGUUUGCUCGGCUCUGCUGCAUGUUACAGCCUCCUGCAGUCCAGCACUCAGGCCCAUAGCAACAGGACUGAUGAUGAUGAUGAUGAUGAUGAUGAUGAUGAUGAUGAUGAUGAUAUUCACUCUGAUAACGACAAUAAAGCUUCUUGAUAAUCAGA